AUCAGUACUGAAUAUGAAUUCACUCCGUGAAAUACAAGAGAGAAGAACGAUACUAAAAUAUGGAACUAUUAAACCAAAGUGAAAUAGAAUCAAUAGUUAAACAUUAUGGAACUUCGACUAUUGUAAAAUGGUACAUAGAAGAUUAUUCUGACAAACUAGUAGGAUAUCUCGGAGAGCAUCUUCGGUUGGUCAUAACCUUAAAUUCAAAUGGAAUUGAAAAAGAUUUGAAACUGUUUGUAAAAUGCAUGCCAAGGAAUAACAAAUGGAAAGCUAAAUAUCUCAAAGAGUUGAUGUUUUUUCAAAAGGAAUAUAUUAUGCUGAGCAAAUUAUUCAUUAAUUUCAAAGAUGGAGAAGAAUCGAGAAAAUGGCGGCCGAAACUCUUAUACAUUAGGAACGAUUUAUUUGUAUUUGAAGAUGUAACUGAGUUCGGUUACCAAAUGCCGUAUCAUCGCAGCACAAUGGAUUACAAUGAACUGGUAUCUGUUAUAAACGCUAUGGCGAAGUUCCACGCACAGUCGAUAAUAUACGAAGAGAAAAACUCCAAAGAGUUGAAUAGAACGUACAGAAUUUGGGAGGAAUACAGCGAAUAUCUUAGUGAACCUGAGAAAGGUCAAUCUUGGAGGGACACUGGGGCAAGAGCGGUCGUUGAUUUUUUAAAAACAUACUCCAAAUAUCGAGCACAGACCGAUUACAUAAAAUACGUGGAAGUGGUAAUACCGAUGUUAUUCGAUUGCGCUGCAAAUUUAAUGAAACCGAGAACUGAAUGUCGUAAUGUUGUAAUACAUCGCGAUCUUUGGACGAAUAAUAUUUUCUUAAAGAAACACGAUAACGGUCAGAUCCAUUCCUUGAUUGUAGAUUAUCAAACAGUUUUAUAUUCUUCUCCUAUGCUUGAUUUGUCUUCUGUUAUUUACUUUAAUACAACUAGAAGUUUUAGAGACCGAAACACAGAUCAAUUAAUAGAUUUAUAUUAUUCUUUACUGACUGAUGAAUUACGUUUGGAAGGUAUUGAUGUUUUGAAUGUAAUUGAUAAGAAAACUAUUGUAAAAUCGUAUCAACAAAGUAUUGUGUUUGGUAUUACACAAGCGGCGUUGAUUGUGCCUAUCAUAGCCAUGAGCGAUGAAAUGAGGGAAAGGACAUUUGAGGAUCCGGAAACUUGUGAGAAAAUGAACGUAGUGUCAAGAAGUGAAGAGUUCAUAUACUUAGCUAAACAAGACGAAGAAUAUCGUAACCGAGUUAUAGAACUUUUCGAUGAAAUCUCUGAUAGAUACAUUUUUUUAUCUACUUGAUGUUCAUGAAUUUUUGUUUUUAGAUUUUAAUCUUAUUUGUAUGUCUUUCUGUCGCAUUCAGAGAGGUCACUUAACAAGUCCCUUUGUUCAAAUUCUCAAUGAUAAAUGUACGCUAAGCACAUAAACUAAUUUAAACAACCGAGUGCGGCAAUUAAACGCAGAA